AUGAAAACUCAGAUGAACGAGGAUGAGGAGGAAACGUUGAAGGAGGCUUACGAGAGGGGCAGAACAAAGCCAUUGAAUCAAGGCAUCAGGAGGAGCUCAAUAAGGUUUGCAUUCCUGCGAAACUGGAGUUCCUCGAAGAAUGAGAAGACAGAGUUCGAGCUGGUCCUUGCCGAAUCCAAGCUUCAAGAUGUUAAGGUCCCUACCACCGAUUGGUUAAAGUUGGAUGAGCCAAUGAU